AUUGCAGAAAAAAUAGAUGCCUUCAAAACUCAAAAAGUCCCUAAAAUCAAAAAAAUCAGGGUUUAAAUUUCCAAUCUCCUCCUCUCUCUCUUACCCUUUCCUUUCUCUCUCUAAAAGUCUCAACCAUCUUCUUCUUCAAUCUCUGCAAAUUUCUUCAUUUCUCUCUCUAACUUCAUCUAAACCGUACUGGGUAUUGCGUUCCUCACUUUCUCUCUCUAAAAACAACAAAGAUCCGUGUUAGAUUGAGGAGAGAGAAAGAAAAUGGGGCAACAAAAUCUGAUCUACAGUUUUGUAGCAAGAGGUACGGUGAUUCUAGCAGAGUACACGGAGUUUACUGGUAAUUUCACAAGCAUCGCAUCUCAAUGUCUCCAGAAACUUCCAGCUACCAACAACAAGUUUACCUACAACUGCGAUGGUCAUACCUUCAACUUCCUCGUCUCCGAUGGCUUCACUUUUUGUGUAGUUGCAGUUGAAUCUGUUGGAAGGCAGAUUCCAAUGGCAUUCUUGGAGCGAGUGAAGGAUGAUUUUAACAAAAGAUAUGGGGGUGGAAAAGCUGCUACUGCUCAAGCAAAAAGCUUGAACAAAGAUUUUGGGCCUAAGCUGAAGGAGCACAUGCAAUACUGUGUUGAUCAUCCAGAGGAGAUGAACAAGCUUGCGAAGGUGCAGGCUCAGAUAUCAGAAGUCAAGGGAGUGAUGAUGGAAAAUAUUGAGAAGGUUCUAGAUCGUGGUGAGAAGAUUGAGCUUCUUGUUGACAAGACAGAAAAUCUCCGUUCACAGGCACAAGAUUUCCGGCAACAAGGAACACAGAUGAGGAGGAAGAUGUGGCUUCAGAACAUGAAGAUCAAGCUUAUCGUGCUGGGUAUCAUCAUUGCGCUGAUCCUUAUCAUAGUGUUGUCAGUUUGUCAUGGCUUCAAUUGUGCAAAGAACUAGUUCACUAGUUCCUUUAUUACGGGGGGAGGGGUUUUUGGGGUGUUUUGGUCGGAAGCUUGGGUGAAAUAUAUUUGCUAUAGUCAGUCUCGAAUACAUCCGUUCCUAAUGUUGAUUUCCAUCUUUAUAAUAGUCCAGACUUUUAACUGUUCUUGGUAGAAUCUCGCAUUUAUUUGCUGGCGCUUUGGAAUGUGAAUGCUUGUAUUCAGUUCCAAACUGUGGUGUGUAUAGGUCUUAUAAGUAUAAAACGAGAAUUUCAUAUCGUGGUAAAUGUAUGCCUAUUUUUGUAUUCAAAGCUGCGGGUGAAGCGCUGGUCUUAUUCAUCUGUUGAUUACGAUUUUGGUUUUAAAAUUCAUAUGGAUGGACUUCUAUUUAUCUCUA